AUGUCUGAAAAACUAACUUCAGUGGAUUUUGAGAUUUCUGGAAAUGUGCAAGGUGUUUGCUUCAGAAUGUACACAGAGGAUCAUGGCAGGAGUCUGGGACUGAGUGGCUGGGUGAAGAACACCAGACAGGGGACUGUGAUCGGUCAAAUCCAGGGACCUGUGGAAAAAGUGAAUGACAUGAAAGCCUGGCUGAGGAGUAUCGGCAGUCCUAGUUCUCGAAUCGAUCGAGCCGUUUUCUCCAACCAGAGAGACAUUUCUAAACUGGAGAUACGUGGCUUCUCUACUCGCUACUGA